GCGCACUGCUUAUUUCCCGCUGUCAGGAUGAGGAGGCGGAGGUCGGCGGUCGGGUCCGUCUCUGCCCGCGGCUGUGGCGGCGCCGGCGGCUCCAGCCUUAGCGGUUCCUCCCUGGGCGGCGGCGGCGGCGGCUCGGUCGACGCCUCCUCCGCCAGCUGAGCCCGCGGGAGCCCGGGACGCCGCUUCCCCGCCCAUCCCCGCUCCCCGAGGCCGGCCGCCUGGUCAUGGCGCAGCCGGGCCCGGCUUCCCAGCCUGACGUUUCUCUUCAGCAACGGGUAGCAGAAUUGGAAAAAAUUAAUGCAGAAUUUUUACGUGCACAACAGCAGCUUGAACAAGAAUUUAAUCAAAAGAGAGCAAAAUUUAAGGAGUUAUAUUUGGCUAAAGAGGAGGAUCUGAAGAGGCAAAAUGCAGUAUUACAAGCUGCACAAGAUGAUUUGGGACACCUUCGAACCCAGCUGUGGGAAGCUCAAGCAGAGAUGGAGAAUAUUAAGGCGAUUGCCACAGUCUCUGAGAACACCAAGCAAGAAGCUAUAGAUGAAGUAAAAAGACAGUGGAGAGAAGAAGUUGCUUCACUUCAGGCUGUUAUGAAAGAAACAGUUCGUGACUAUGAGCACCAGUUCCACCUUAGGCUGGAGCAGGAGCGAACACAGUGGGCACAGUAUAGAGAAUCCGCAGAGAGGGAAAUAGCUGAUUUAAGAAGAAGGCUGUCUGAAGGUCAAGAGGAGGAAAAUUUAGAAAAUGAAAUGAAAAAGGCCCAAGAGGAUGCUGAGAAACUUCGGUCCGUUGUGAUGCCAAUGGAAAAGGAAAUUGCAGCUUUGAAGGAUAAACUGACAGAGGCUGAAGACAAAAUUAAAGAGCUGGAGGCCUCAAAGGUUAAAGAACUGAAUCAUUAUCUGGAAGCUGAGAAAUCUUGUAGGACUGAUCUAGAGAUGUAUGUAGCUGUUUUGAAUACUCAGAAAUCUGUUCUACAGGAAGAUGCUGAGAAACUGCGGAAAGAAUUGCAUGAAGUUUGCCAUCUCUUGGAGCAAGAGCGACAACAACACAACCAGUUAAAACAUACGUGGCAGAAGGCCAAUGACCAGUUUCUGGAAUCUCAGCGUUUACUGAUGAGAGACAUGCAGCGAAUGGAGAUUGUGCUAACUUCAGAACAGCUCCGACAAGUUGAAGAACUGAAGAAGAAAGAUCAGGAGGAUGAUGAACAACAAAGACUCAAUAAGAGAAAGGAUCACAAAAAAACAGAUGUUGAGGAAGAAAUAAAAAUACCAGUAGUGUGUGCUUUAACUCAAGAAGAAUCUUCAGCCCAGUUAUCAAAUGAAGAGAAAACACCAUUCAAAAUAAAAAUAACUGAUAGAUCAUCCUACCCAGAGGUAACAACUAAUAUUUUGGAGCAUUUAGACAGCACCCAUGGUUCAGUUCAUUCCUUAGAUGCAGACUUAUUGUUGCCAUCUGGAGAUCCUUUCAGUAAAUCGGACAAUGACAUGUUUAAAGAUGGACUCAGGAGAGCACAGUCUACAGACAGCUUGGGAACCUCGGGCUCAUUGCAAUCCAAAGCUUUAGGCUAUAACUACAAAGCAAAAUCUGCUGGAAACCUGGACGAGUCAGAUUUUGGACCACUGGUAGGAGCAGAUUCAGUGUCUGAGAACUUUGAUACUGCAUCCCUUGGGUCACUCCAGAUGCCAAGUGGGUUUAUGUUAACCAAAGAUCAGGAAAGAGCAAUCAAGGCGAUGACACCAGAACAAGAAGAGACAGCGUCCCUCCUCUCCAGCGUUACCCAGGGCAUGGAGAGUGCCUAUGUGUCCCCUAGUGGUUAUCGUUUAGUUAGUGAAACAGAAUGGAAUCUCUUGCAGAAAGAGGUACAUAAUGCUGGAAAUAAACUUGGUAGACGUUGUGAUAUGUGUUCCAAUUACGAAAAACAGUUACAAGGAAUUCAGAUUCAGGAGGCUGAAACGAGAGACCAGGUGAAAAAACUACAGCUGAUGCUAAGGCAAGCUAAUGACCAGUUAGAGAAGACAAUGAAAGAUAAGCAGGAGCUGGAAGACUUCAUAAAGCAAAGCAGCGAAGAUUCGAGUCACCAGAUCUCUGCACUCGUCCUAAGAGCCCAGGCCUCCGAGAUCUUACUUGAAGAGUUACAGCAGGGGCUUUCCCAGGCAAAGAGGGAUGUUCAGGAACAGAUGGCGGUGCUGAUGCAGUCACGGGAACAGGUUUCAGAAGAGCUGGUGAGGUUACAGAAAGAUAAUGACAGUCUCCAGGGAAAGCACAGCCUGCAUGUGUCAUUACAGCAAGCAGAAGACUUCAUCCUCCCAGACACUACAGAGGCACUGCGGGAGUUGGUAUUAAAAUACCGUGAGGACAUCAUUAAUGUGCGGACAGCAGCAGACCACGUAGAAGAAAAGCUGAAGGCUGAGAUACUUUUCCUAAAAGAGCAGAUCCAAGCAGAACAGUGUUUAAAAGAAAAUCUUGAAGAAACUCUGCAACUAGAAAUAGAAAACUGCAAAGAGGAAAUAGCUUCUAUUUCUAGCCUAAAAGCUGAAUUAGAAAGACUAAAAGUGGAAAAAGGACAGUUGGAGUCCACAUUAAGAGAGAAGUCUCAACAGCUUGAGAGUCUUCAGGAAACAAAGAUCAGUUUGGAAGAGCAGUUAAAGAAAGAGACUGCUGCUAAGGCUACCGUUGAACAACUAAUGUUUGAAGAGAAGAACAAAGCUCAGAGAUUACAGACAGAAUUAGAUGUCAGUGAGCAAGUCCAGAGAGAUUUUGUAAAGCUUUCACAGACCCUUCAGGUGCAGUUAGAGCGGAUCCGGCAAGCUGACUCCUUGGAGAGAAUCCGGGCAAUUCUGAAUGAUACUAAACUGACAGACAUUAACCAGCUUCCUGAGACAUGACACCCUGAUGGCAGGAUUCUAGCCUGCACUUUGGGUUUUUAACUCAUCUUUAGAGCAACAGUAAUUAUUAUUUAACUCUUAACUGAAGAAAGAGAAGUCACAACAAAAGGAAGACUGGAGAAAUGCUUACUUCUAGAGGGAGAAGACUGUGCGGCACAGGAAACAGCAAACAGCGGGGUGAUCUGCAGCCCAGAGACCUUCAAAUGCGAACACUAUAAACUCCAGGCUUGAUUCCAACAGGCGUGGGAUCAGAUUUGGUGAUGGAAAAAGCGCUGUUUCCUUGCCUGCUUUCUCCAACAUAGAUUUUCGGAACACAUUUCCCUACCCUAUUCCCUACCCUAAAGCAACAUCCCAGUAGUGUUUGGAAUUUUCUGUUCAUAGAUAUUGGAAGAGAGACAUAGAUAUUGGAAGAGAGAAUUUGCUUUAUCUGUUGUCUAGAGCUCAUCAGUAACAGUAUUCAGUUAGCAGACAGAAGUGUAGUAUGCUGUAUGAAUAUUUUAUAUUAAAAUAUGAAGGUUUGAGAGCAGGCCAUUGGCUACUGACUGUAUUUCCCUUGCUCAGUACAUUUUUGUUUUCCUUUUACCAUUUUAUCUUGCUUUGGAGGACCUUAAAUGCUACUGAAACUUACCUGAGAACCAUAGGACUGUGGCAAACAAAACCAAUUCAUGAAGUGAAUUAAUGAUGAGGAUCUGAAAACUUGGCUGGGGCUAUAUAUACUGGAAGUUGAAGGUUAAAGGAAAAGCACAAGAAACUUUGGAAGCACUUUUUCUGCAUACUUAAGAUGAUCUUCAUGGGCCCACAGGUACCAGGAUAAAGCCAAACUGGUACCAUCUACUCUUUUGAAGUGUUUUAGUCUAGUUAUUGGAUCAGUGAAAAACCUUAGUAUACGUUUUUAAAUCGGCUAAUUUUUCAACUUGGAUCAUUAGGCUUACGUACUACUUGUUUCAAAUGUGUCAAAUACAAAAAUGGUAACUAGGUUGACAGAUACUUUGUAUUUUUCUUUUGAAUUCAGACCUGGAAUUAAGUGACGAUGCUUAUGGAAAGCCAGUUAGAAUUGGAAAUCUGUCUUGUCAUUUUACAAGCAUUAGAUUCCUUUCCUGUGUGAAGAAAGCCUCAGUGAAACAGGUCUUUGCCAUAACUUUAUGAAGUGCUACAGAAAGCACAAAGAAUUGAUUCAAGAAUUGAUUCAUGUUCAUCAAUACCUGCUGAGAGUACUGUCCCAGGAAUAUCCAGUGGAUGGAUUCAUCAUCCAGGAGGUUCAAAAGUAAGAUGGUUUUCAAAUCAUUUUUGAGAUUGGUUGCAUAACAGCAGGGUACCUGAAAGAGCCUUCUGGGAGUUAGUGAACUAGGUAGAUUGUUCUGUUCACAUAACACCACCAUCAACUUAAAGUGAAUUGUCUUUGUUAUAAAUGAGGUCACUGUGGACUUACCCUAAAGAUCUUCUGUACUUCUGUCUUCCAUAGGACAAAUGAUAAGUACUACAUACCUCAUCUCUUGGGUUAUUAUUGUAGUCUUGCAUUCAUGAUUAUGAAUUUAAAACUACAUACCUCAUCUCUUGGGUUAUUAUUGUAGUCUUGCAUUCAUGAUUAUGAAUUUAAAAAUAAAUACCAAUUAUGGAAAUAGUACUAAAGGCUUGCCGCGCAUGAAACAUUUUAAUUGGUUUAAAGUCCCUUUAUAAAGAGUGCUACAUGGUUUAGAUAAAGGAAACAUAUAACUAUUGAGUUACAGGGGGUUUUAUUAAUUAUAAAAUGCAAUCAAUUUAAAUUACAUAGGUUUAAGACUAGUCCCUUGGAUAAGCCCCAAGCGAAUUUGUCUUCAGAUUAUUAAAAUUAGUGCUGUAAAUCAGGGUGGGCAAUUCACAGCCUUUCUGAACUGACUGAACUAGAGCUUGCAGUGAAGUGUUCUGCUGAGACUGAGCACCUUACAGAUAUUUUUCUCCAGAAGAUGGUGCUGGAUAAUAAAAUCAUCACAAUUAGGGAAUGGUUAGUGGUCUCUACUGUGGCAAAUGCCAACUGUUGGAAUUCACUUUAUUGUAGAAAAACCCAAACUGAGACUCUUAAGUUUUGUUUAGCAAUGUGUUUCUGGUAUGAAACAAACUACUGUGUCACUGUCCAGGUAGGAAACAAUUCUUUCAACUAGGUUUUCAGCAUAAAUGGGAAGUGAUGUAGAAGGCAGGAUUUAGCCCUUCUAGGCAAAAGAAAAGCUCAGUUGGGUUUCACGAGUGUUCCUGUGCUUAUAUUCAGUCUGUGCCUACAUGUUCUCAUGCAUGUCUAACCUGAUUUACCUCUUACCUGUAACCUACCUUAUCAUGUGGCUUUUAAUUGGCAGUCACUCAGCCAUUUCUAAGCAGAUAUAGUACUACCUUUCAGAACUCACAUUGGCAAGUGUAAAAAGAUGACUUAAGGUGAAGUGACGACAAAAUCACAUUCUGCAUACUAACCUAUUUUUUUCUCCCUUUAAGGUGCUAAACUUGCACCUCAUGUCCACUCAGUAACAAGUAUCGGGACGUAGAGCACAGCCUCACUCAGCUCUGAAAGGUAAUACAGCCUGUGAGGAAGUGAGCCAGCAGUGGCCUUUGCAAUUGUGGAUCUUGAGCUCUGCUCUCAGCAGAUUUCAGGUGUAACCAUUUGUUAACUGUACUGAAGGUGUGUCCUCAAGAAGAAAGUGUUCAAAUUAAAAAAGCUGCUGCCAAGUA